AUGGACGACAACAAAUUACAAGAGAUUUUUCCCAAAGCUGGGGACCAAUUAGCAGUCCUUCAUUUUUGUCGCCGGGAAGUGAUGCCUAAGAAGCAAGGCCUUAUUGACCGACUAAAAUCCAAGAUACAAGAAAGGAAUGCUGCACACUUUGGUGAAUCAUCAAAAAAAAAAGAAACUGCUUCAAAAAAAACCACGAGAAUUAUUGAGUUGGGUUGGAUGUACGCCAGUGACACUGAGGAAUUUCGUCAGGUACGAAAAUUAUCAGGUGGUGGCACUCGGCAAAUUCAAGUAGAACAAUCCGCUAAGGUGUCCCUAUUGAGAGAGAAAGCAAUAGAACUUUUUUUUCCUGGCGGAAUAUCACCCAAGGGCAAAAUAUCCGACUUUGCAUCGGUACUCUUAGUUGAUUUUAAACUAAAUGCACUAGACGAGACUUUGACAGUUAAACAGUAUUUUGAACUGACGGCCUUAACGAAGCUUCGAUUUUAUUUGGCAACCAGAAAUUUAAAUGAAGAAUCGUCUGAAAUUUCUGCCUUACGGCCCAAAAGAGGAAAACGCAAACGCAACAAAUUUCAAUUUUCUUCUGAGGAAGAUGAUAGAAGUGACUAUGGAGCAUCGGCAGCUUGUCAGGAACUUCUUUUGCAUCAGGAUAAUCGAGAUUCAUGCAAUAUGCCGUCAGUGUCUUAUGAGGGCAUGGGAUUUGAAACAUUAACCUCCACAACAUCCUUGGGCACCGAAGUAAGAGAAGAAACGUUUGCGUUAGGCGAUUCUGGUCCAGACGAACUUACUGUACUGGUGAACAGCAUACUGGAUGACACUUAUAAUGAACCUAACAUUGAAGAAAGCCUUCCCAACAUAGAGGAAAACCUUGCCACGUUUUUAACACCUGACGUGCAGUCAUUAGAACAGAUACUAACUAACUUACAAAAUAGGAUUAGUUCAGUUAAUAUUACGAAGAUAAACGUUUACAGAAAAGACAUUUUUGGCUGCUGUCUACGUGCAUUCCGACGCAAAAACUUUAAACCGUUCAACAUAAUUCAUGUAAAUUUCACAGAUAUUGAAGAGAAAACUGAAGGUGCCAUUGACGAAGGAGGUCCAAAGCGAGAGAUGUUUCGACUUCUUUUGAAGUUUUUGUCCAACAGUAAUCUUUUUACGGGAAACGAGAUGAAGCACAUAUCACUAGACAGCAAAGCAUUACAUGAACAGUACUAUUAUGAGGCCGGGAGGAUUAUAUCUCUUUCACUUGUUCACGGCGGCACUGGGCCCCAUUUUUUCUCCGAGACCCUGUAUUCAUUGGUUACAUAUGGGAUAGAGAACACAACUUUAAGAUGCGAAGAUCUGGAACCUGAUAUAAAAGAGAAAGUAGAUCUGUUUCAGAGUGAAACGGAUUUGUUUAAGUUACGAGAUAUGAUUUUAUCCGAUUCCAUAUUUCCUACUGCAGGAUGCCAUUUCAUUGAAAAGUUGGAUGACAAAGAACGUAUUCUACAAGACACCUUGAAAUUUUAUGCCUAUCGCAGAAUUCAGGAGCCCUUGAAACAAUUCAUUUCUGGAUUGAACACUUGUGGAGUAUUAGACGAGAUUAUUAAGAAUCCAGAUCUGUUUAGGACAUUAUUUUGCCUAACAAAAAAACCUCUAACUGCUGACAAAGUAGAAAAGAUGUUUCAGGUUAUUGAAUACAGCCCCAUUGGAUCGAACAGACGAGAAAAUGAAAACAGAACGAUUUGCUUUUUUAGAGAUUACUUAGAAGAUUGUCAGGAAGGAGAAAGUUCUGCAAAAUUAGAGGAUGUUUUCAUAUUUGCGACGGGCACCGAUGCUUUUCCACCUUUAGGAUUUCCAGUAAGACCAAAAAUUGCAUUUCUUCCAGAAAACGCAAUUUUCCCUACUGUCAGUACAUGUGCUAUCGAACUUAAGUUACCUACGUCAUAUGUAUCCUAUGAAGAAUUUAAGGAUAAAAUGGAUUUUGCAAUUCUUAACUCGAACGGGUUUGGAGCUGCUUGA